GAGCGAGAGCGAGCGCGAGAGCGGGCGCACUUUUUCUUUUUUUGCUGAUGCUGCAGUGUCAAGAAAUGGUUCCCGCUCCCUCCUCUCCGUCCCUCCUCGUGCGUUCAGCCUCUCUCCCUUGCAUCCCCAUAACGCUCACGCCGAGCACCACGCCACGCGGCCGGAGUGCAGCCACGCGCCACGGUUAAAGGACACCACACAGCUUCUCGCCCAUUCGCGUCUUCCUAUUUUUCGGGGUUGUUGUUUUUCCUCGGGCGUUGUUGUUGUUGUUGCCGGGCUUUUUUCUGGAUUUUUUUUUCUUUAUUACCUGGACCUCCAUCAGCUCGCACGCGCCAUGGUCCCCCUUCCCAGUAUGAUGUUAAACUGCCUCUCCAGAGAUUCCCCCCAGCGAGGAUCACCAUCCGAGCGGCCGGACGCCCCCCGCCGGGGUCUCUUCGCCUCGCCGCUGAAAGCCUACACCCAGAGGAUCCCCUGGACCCGCACCAAGACGACAUAGGCCAUCAAUAUUUCAGAGGAAGACCGUUACUGUAACGGCCCCGUACAGUAAAGCGAUCUCCGUAUCAAACCCCAAGCCGGGAGGAGGAAAGUUGUGGAGGUUCUGGAGGAGGAGGUGGAGGAGUUGGAGGAGGCUGGCGACAACACCCCGGACCGCAAUCUCCCCGUCCCCCCCCCGUCCCCGUCUCCCCUGCAACAUCUCGUCCCCCCGUCCCCCCCGUUCAGGUGAUAGACGGAGCAGGGGGCAUUUCUGACGGGGAAAACAAUGGUGAACUUGAAUGGCAUUGCGAAGGAGCCGUACUGAGCCGUACUGACUGUUGAGCUGUUGCAGUGUCGGCGGCACCGCGGACGAGGGGAGACCGCGGAGGCGUGCCACUGCCACGGCAACUGGAUGCCUGUUCCACCGGGCUGAUCCAGCUGCUCUAUCUCCCGGAUCGUGCUCAGCUCAGCUCGAACCGCAACGAUGACGGUGGUGGCGGGAGAUAAUAUGGACGAGACGUCCACACUGCCGGGGCAUCCGCAGGAUACGUACCCCCCCGACCACGACGACCACGACUGCUGCGAGCGUGUGGUCAUCAACAUAUCCGGGCUGCGUUUUGAGACCCAGCUCAAAACCCUCGCGCAGUUCCCAGAGACUCUCCUUGGCAACCCGAAAAAGAGGAUGCGCUAUUUCGAUCCUCUGAGGAACGAGUAUUUUUUUGAUCGGAAUCGCCCUAGUUUUGACGCAAUACUGUACUAUUACCAGUCUGGGGGCAGAUUGAGACGGCCGGUCAACGUGCCCUUGGACAUGUUCUCGGAGGAGAUAAAGUUUUACGAACUCGGGGCGGAGGCCAUGGAGAAAUUUCGGGAGGACGAGGGCUUCAUCCGGGAGGAGGAACGGCCCCUGCCGGAGAAAGAGUUCCAACGCCAAAUCUGGCUCCUGUUUGAGCACCCAGAGAGUUCGGGGCCCGCGCGGGGGAUCGCCAUCGUGUCCGUCAUGGUCAUCCUCAUCUCCAUCGUCAUCUUCUGCCUGGAGACGCUCCCCGAGCUGAAGGAAGACCCGGGCGACCGGAUCCGGAUCGUGGGGAACACCACGGUGUACUACAAGCCCAACAUCCUCACGGACCCCUUCUUCGUGGUGGAGACCCUCUGCAUCAUCUGGUUCUCCUUCGAGUUGAUUGUGCGGUUCUUUGCCUGCCCGAGCAAGGCGGCGUUCUUCAAGAACAUGAUGAACUCCAUCGACAUCGUGGCCAUCAUCCCGUACUUCAUCACGCUGGGCACGGAGCUGGCGGACGACCCCGACAGCAACGAGGGGAAGGGCGGCGGCGAGCAGGCCACCUCGCUGGCCAUCCUCAGGGUGAUCCGCCUGGUCAGGGUCUUCAGGAUCUUCAAGCUGUCCCGCCACUCCAAGGGGCUGCAGAUCCUGGGCCAGACGCUGAAGGCCAGCAUGCGCGAGCUGGGCCUGCUCAUCUUCUUCCUGUUCAUCGGCGUCAUCCUCUUCUCGAGCGCCGUGUACUUCGCCGAGGCGGAGGAGAAGGAGUCCUUCUUCACCAGCAUCCCCGACGCCUUCUGGUGGGCCGUGGUGUCCAUGACGACGGUGGGCUACGGCGACAUGUACCCCGUGACCAUCGGCGGCAAGAUCGUGGGCUCGCUGUGCGCCAUCGCCGGGGUGCUCACCAUCGCGCUGCCCGUGCCGGUCAUCGUGUCCAACUUCAACUACUUCUACCACCGCGAGACUGAGGGCGAGGAGCAGGCGCAGCUGCUGAACGUCAGCAACCAGAACCUGGCAUCGGAGGACGGCUCCAGCCGCCGCAGCUCCUCCAUCGCCAGCAAGUCGGAGUACAUGGAGAUCAACGAGGACAUCAACAACAGCAUCGAUAACUUUAGGGAGGCCAACCUCAGGACUGCCAACUGCACCGCGCCCAGCCAGAACUGUGUCAACAAGGGCAAGCUACUGACGGAUGUAUAGUGCGACGGAGUUUGGUAAGAGGGUGGAGUGUCAGGGUGGAGGACGUCGCCCUCGCAGAAAAACCGGUGUAAAUAGUGUACAAAAGUUGAAAAAGGGCGGGGGAAUCUUAAUGCUUGAACGACCGAAUUGGUGCAUUUAUUUUUUUUGCAUCUUCUUUGCUGCUUUGCGAAAAACUGUGACAAAGCGAGUUUGAAUCGCGCGACGAGUGACGACGUGGGUCGAAGGGGGUCGGUCCAUUCUCUUUACCGCAUGGUUAUUUCAUUCAUUGCAACAUGGAAUUAUCACAGAGGAAAACUAAUUUGUUUGGAACGGAUGCGACUUUUGGGGGAAACACUUAUUUUUUUUAAUAAGGGCAACAGCAUCUAACGGCCAUUUUGAGAUUGAGAAACUUAAGGAUAUACGGUUUGCUCCGCACCGGCGCGACAAUAACUCUUUGCAUGGAAUACAGUCAAACUCUUUCACGCGUUGUACACACAAUACCGACAAAAAAAACGCCGGUGACGGCGUCGAGGGGGAUGGGAAGAACUCAGCACCAAUGAGCUGCGGCGAAACGUCGAUCAAAGAAGAAAAUACUAGAAAGUAAAUUCGAGGCACCUUACGGGGGUUCACAGAGUGCGCUGUCGGCCUUUUCUGUUCUGCUUCCUCGGUGUGUGGCUCAGACCAAGUCCUCUUGUGGAGGACGGUUUGUUGUGCUGCUUCAGUGCUAAGCUAACGGUCUAAGCUAACUGUAUGUGUUCGUGUAGGAUACCAUGCAACACACCUUUAUAUCCGGCUCAGAAUACGCAUGUUGAUUCUCUCUCUCUCUCUCUCUCUCUCUCUCUCUCUCUCUCUCUCUCUCUCUCUCUCUCUCUUCUGUUUUAUAUCAGCAUGCCUGAGACAUUACCUCAUGUUAGUUUUGUCUUCUCCCUCCUUUUUUGUCUUUGUUUUCAUCCCUUUGAGCCCCCCCUCCCCCUUCCCCUCCUGAUAUUUCUUUACAUUUCCCCCCCCCUCUCAUUUGUUUUUCACCAAAAGUGCAAUGGUUAUUUAUGAUUUAUUUAUUUCAGUGGUGGAUUAUUUACGAGCAUUUAAGUGCUGAAUGUUUUAUCAUAAAAGGGAACAGAAAUACACUUUUUUUAAACGAUCAUGGCAUGUGAACUAACAAAAUAAGAAGAUCUACAGCAUUAUGGCCUGAUGAGCCACGGUACCAUGUACUAGUAUACUUACUGCAUGACGUCGGUGUUAAACUUGCUUGAGGUUUUUACAAAGCGUGGGGACCUUGAGGUGCGUGGCGUACUCUAACCUCGUUAUCAGAGUAAUACUGAGGACAUGGGAUGCAGAGAGGGAACUGCUGUGCAAAAUACCGAAAGGGACAAAAAUCUGCCACCGCAAAGCCAGGAGGAGACACAUCUGGCGACUCCUUACAAAAAGUGACAGUUCAAAUUCUAAAAAAACAACAUCCUCCAUUUUAGGAUUAAGGAUGGGGCUGAUUGGAUGGAUUUGCGUGGACCAUUUUAUGAGGGCUAGGGAUAUCUUUACAUUUUUUGUGAAAUGUUACUUCUCAUUCUUACGUUUGGGCUUUCACAGUUUCGGUUAGGGUUUUGUCGAGGUAAUACAGGGACG